GGGGGGCGGAGGCGGGCGCGGAGGCGGGCGGCCGCUAAGAUGGGCAUGCGGGUGAAGCUGCACAGCGCCGACCACCCCAACCAGCUGCUGCGGGAGCUGAACCGCUGCCGCCUGGCCGAGACCCUGUGCGACGUCACCAUCGUGGUCGGGGCCCGCUCCUUCCCGGCCCACAAGGCCGUGCUGGCCUGCGCCGCCGGCUACUUCCAGAACCUCUUCCUGACGGCCGGGCUGGACGCCGCCCGGACCUUCGUGGUGGACUUCAUCACGCCGGCCAACUUCGAGAAGAUCCUGAGCUUCGUCUACACGGCCGAGCUCUUCACCGACCUCAUCAACGUCGGCGUCAUCUAUGAGGUGGCCGAGCGGCUGGGCAUGGACGCCCUCCUCCGCGCCUGCCACGCCACCUUCCCCGACCUGCACAGGGAGGGGGCCGCCCCGGCCCCGCCGCUCCUGCCUAUCACAGACGGGGCCGGGGACUCGGGGCUGCUGGGCACCCCGGCACUGGCCGGCGUGGCUGGCGGGGGCUACGAGGAGGAGGGCCCCGGGGUCGGUGAAGCCAUGCCUGGCCUGCCCCCGCCGCAGGCAGAGGGCCGAGAGGCACCCGGGCCCUGCGUCCCAGCCGCCCCUGGCGUGCCCCGGCUAGGCUUGGGCGGGCAGACGGGCCCGGGGCCCCGCUCGCCAUUCGGGGGCCAGAGCAACGGGGAGCGGGUGGGCUUCCUCGGGGCCGGCUCCCUGGAUGGGGAUGGUGGGGUGGGCCGGGGGCGGGGCUUUGGGUCCCCGGCGGGGCUGCCGCCGGGCCAGCCGACCCCCGAGGCCGAGGCAGGGGAGCUGGAGCUGGAGGAGCCCGGCAACGAGAGGCCGGGGCCGGGGCCAGCAGAGGAGGUGAUCGAGCUGAGCGAUGACAGCGAGGAGGAGCUGACCCCGGCGGCUACCGACGGGGGGGCGGCCGAGGGGGAGGAGGCGAGGACCGGGGCCGCGGAGGAGAGCUGGGCCGCCGGCGGCCACCAGGCCCAGCCCUGCCAGGUGUGCCACAAGGUGCUGGAACCCAACGUGCAGCUGAUCCGGCAACACGCCCGUGACCACGUGGACCUGCUCACGGGCAACUGCAAGGUGUGCGAGACACACUUCCACGACCGCGGUGCCCGCGUCGCCCACGUCCUGUCCCACAUUGGCAUCUUCCUCUUCGCCUGCGACAUGUGCGAGGCCAAGUUCUUCACCCAGUGGCAGCUGACGCUGCACCGCCGUGAGCGGGCCCCCCCCGAGCCCCCGGCGCCCACUGGGCCCCUGCCGCCCAGUGCCCCGGCACUCAGCUGCGCCGCCUGCGGCAAGGCGCUGGCCCGUGACUUCGCCACGGUGCGCGCCCACGUGCUGGACCACCUGAGCGUCCCGGGCCAGACGUGCAGCGUGUGUGCCCAGCAACACCUGAGCCUGUGCAGCCUCAUGUGGCACACACUGUCGCACCUGGGCAUCUCCGUCUUCUCCUGCGCCGUGUGCGCCCGCAGCUUCGUCGACCGCCACAUCCUGGACCGGCACCUGGCGCUGCACCGCCGCGCCGACGACGCCCCCUUCCGCUGCCACGUCUGCGGCCACGGCUUCCGCUCGGAGGCUGCCUACCGCUACCACGUCAGCCAGCACGAGGGCGGUGGCGGGGGCCCGGACGGGCGGACCGGCCCGGCCGAGCGCCCGCAGCCCCCCGCCCUGUCGAAGCGGCGCCCGCCGGCCGACGGGGGGACGGCCGCGGCCGAGGGCCCGGCCCCGCCCGCCCCCAGCAAGUACGGUUGCAAGGUGUGUGGCAAGCGGUUCGCCCAUACCAGCGAGUUCAACUACCACCGGCGGAUCCACACGGGCGAGAAGCCGUACCAGUGCAAGGUGUGCCACAAGUUCUUCCGCGGCCGCUCCACCAUCAAGUGCCACCUGAAGACGCACGCGGGGGCCCUGAUGUACCGCUGCACCGUGUGUGGCCACUACAGCUCUACCCUCAACCUCAUGAGCAAGCACGUGGGCGUCCACAAGGGCAGCCUCCCGGCCGACUUCACCAUCGAACAGACGUUCAUGUACGUCAUCCACUCCAAAGAGGCCGACCGCGGCCCGGACAGCUGAGCACUGCCCGGCCCCCGGCCUGGGGCCCCGCACCCCGCCACCACGUUUACCUCUGUGCCCGUGCCCCCUUCCCGGACCCCGUUCUUAGCUCCCCGACCCGUUUUAUGCUGCUAAGACUCUGCCCCCCACCCCCCCGGUCCCAGGCUGCGGGGGUGGAGGUUGCCUCCAGCUCAACCCUCUGUCCCCCGCCACCCCAGCCCCUUGGCUCCUCAGCUGGUGGGGAGGGGGAGAAUCUCUGUCCUGGCUCUCCUCUCCCCGUCAGCAGAGAUGGGCUCGCCCAUGGCUGAAAAGCCAUGGCCACGGGGGGCUGGACCCCAUUUCAGGGUAGGAAGUGGGGCUGUUGGGCUGUCUCCACCCUUCUCAUUUCCAAAGAAAAAGGGGUUGAAGGUGUAAGGCCUCCAGGGCUCCUCACCAGAGGCGGGGAGGGGUGGGCAUGGUGGGGAGAGGGCUGAGCCUCAAUCCCCUAACAGCAGGAACCUUGCCUUAAAUUCCCUGCCCGCCCAGGCUGGGGCUUCCCCAGGGGCCCCCACCCUCUGUGGCAGCCAUGGGUUUUGGGUUGCAGUCGGCGGCGCCUCUUUUUUCUACCUCAUCCUGGGCUCAGCUCGCUCUGGUCCCGGGGAUCCCAGAGUCCGCGAGCUCUCCCUUGGGCCGGCCACCUCCCGGUCGUGGCCGGCCCAGUUCCCGUGCCGCGGACGGGACGUCCGGUCCCUCUUGCUGCCCCCUCGGCGGCCCGUGAAAGUCACGGGCAGCGGCGGGCCCACGGGCGCGGCUGUGUGCCCCCUGCCUGGCCUAGGCCUUCCACCCCCGUCAGGCCUCGGAGAAAGCGCACCGGGGCGGCGUCUCCCCGAGGGAGUGGCCGGAGAGCCGGGGGAGUCCCAGGCGGCGGGGAGCGGUGCGGAGGGCCUCCUGGGCCCUUGAGGCCGAGCUGGCCCGGCAGCCGCCCACCCGCGGAGAGUCGGAGGGCGGCCGGGUCUCAAAGCUGUGAAGUUCCCCUAACCUCAUCCUUCGUCCCAAACCAAUGGCUGUCCCGGGGUGCCGCGUCUAAGUUGCAACGGUGUGGCGUCGCUGGAGGGGUCGGUACGGAGCCUCGUGGCCGGGGGGCGGCCGCGCGGGUCUCGGCCGCCAGGGGGCGCCGGCACAGGCCUCCGCCAUGGGGUGGUGGGGCCUGGUCUCCCCGCUAGGGGGCGCUUCCCGGGACCGCCCCGCCCGGUGAAGCCGAUUGCCGGACUUGGGCCCGGGCCCUGGCGAGUGACUCGCCAUGUGUCCGGCCCCAGGGGAGCAUUGGGACCCCUUACCGGGGGCGGCCCGACCCCCCAGCCGCCCUGACAUUGGAUUAUUAAAUCCGGCAGCUACUUCGUCCCCGGGCGCGCUGCUGACCGCGGCCCCCGCCGCUCCACACCUUCGCUGGGCCCGGGCGAGGGAUGGGGGGAGCGGGUCCCGCCUUCCCCCAACUUCCCCCUUCGGAGGGACGGAGGGAGUGUGUGUGUGCUUGUGUGUGUGUGUGAGAGAGAGAUUCCCCGACCCCUUUGAGUUACCGUAGGUACCGUACUGACCUGGCCUUCCGGUGUCCGUGUCCCUUCCACACCCCGCGGUGGCUGUAAAGUUUUGUAUGAUUUGUAACUUCCCCAGCUGUAGUGUCGGUGUGCAUCUGGUUCUUUUCUACUCGCGGUUCAGCACAAAGUGUGGUUUUUAUUUAGAAUAAAAAAUCUCAAAGCCCGCC